AUGGCCAGCCUCGAGCGCUUGCUGGAGACGACGACCGAUGACAUUGAGGCCGUCGAGGCGCACCUCGCGCGCAUAGACAUGGCCGAGAUUGAGGGCCUCAUGCGCGGCCUGCCACAGCACGAGCACGACGACGCCGCCAUGGCCUUUGUCCGCCUCGUGCUCGGUUGCCCCAUCGAGGGCCAGUCCCUUGCCUCGGCGGCGUACGAACAGGCGAUGCCGCGUCGACGCUGCGUCGUCGACUUGCUUCUCUCGAUGGUCCUCGAGAAGAAGUUGCACUACAAGUGGGUCAACGAACUCUCAAUGGCCUUCAUGGUCCUCGUCGACGAGCUGCGAGACGACGCCGACGCAACUCGCAGCGUCAUGAACGAGAUUCAAAGCGUGCUUCAAGCCAUUCUCGCCUUGCUCCAUGCUGCGCUGAACAAUUUCUCAGCCGUGGACGCAAGGAGCUUCCAAUCGAUCCUCGAUAGCGUGCCGUACCUCGUCUCGUUGUUGCCGCCUUCGUCCGACACCUCCAUCCUCGUGGAACAGUUGCUUCAACUGCCGUGGGCCGCACCAACCUUGCACCUCGUACUGGGCUUUGCCCGAGGCUGUACGUUCUUAACGCGCGCGCACCACCACAAACUGCAGACGCUCGUGCGAACUACGCUGCCGUCUCUCUCGUCCCAGCUCGCCUUUGGCUUUUGGGACGACUCGGUCCGUGCGUGCUACGAGCUCAGUGAUGCGCACGACGAUCUGAUGUGGAUCAGCCUCUCACGCGAGAUGCUCGCAUUUGCUCCACCGUCGCUGGAGCGCGACCUCGACUACCUUUUCCAAACGCUGUUUCAGUACUCGCCCGUCUACGUCCAGCGCUUCCACAAGGUCCUGCGGUCGUCCAGCGCCGCGUGGACGCCGCUCGAUGUGCUUGUCGUGCUGCACGCCAUGCACGCGACCCAGCCGCUCUUCAAGCUCUCGAUUGCCAAGCCCGAGUCGGAGCACAAGCAGCUCCAGAAGACGCUGCAACGGCACUUGGAAGCAACCGCGGUCCUCGACAUUCGCCCGCUCUUGCGCUUCUCGAAACACUGGAAAGCACUCGUGCUGCUCGACGCUGCUGUCGCGUGGCUACCGACGUCGGCCGCGAUCGCGCACCACACCUUUCUGAUUGUCUUUACCGACGUGCCCGAGCUCCGCACCGAGGUCGUCAACCUGCUCCUCUCGGCGAUCGAUGCGACGGACCAAGCGCUGCAUGUUUUGGAGAAGCUCGCCAUGGACCAGACGCAGCUCCUCGCGACGGUCGCCCACCAGCUCCAAGACCGGGUGGCCCACCUCUUUUCGACGUCCGUGUCCUGUGGCACGCGCUUGCUGCAUUCGCUUCUUCCGCUGACCGCUUCGUCGGCCUUUGAGAGUUUUGUAAUGGUCUUUCUGCGCAAGCAGCUCGUGGCCCCAUUGCCAGCCAACCAAAUGGCGGCCAUAACACUGUGGUGCGAUCUCUUGCAGCGGCCGACGCUAUCGUCGCGUCAGCAAGAAGACAUUUUCACGUGCUUUCACGAUGUGCUCCACAUGCCGAGCGCGGAGCUCAAGCGCCAUCUCCUCGAGCGACUGCCCGCGCUCCUUGCAUCCACGUCGGUGGCGCCGCCGGCACACAUUGAGGCGGCGUGUCGGCGCAAUCUGGCAUGUUUCGUCGACUUUACACCGCCAAAUGCGCCGACGCUGCAGAGUGCCAUUGACGCCGACGCGGCACCGGUCUUCGCCCUCUUGCUCGACGUCCUGCCGCGUCUCAGCCCCGAGGCCGCCGCGUACGUAGACGCGCUCCGCCGCGCGCUGGGACAGCUCGUCUCAAGUGCGCACUGCAUCGCCUACUUGAAUCAGCCGCCAACGGCAUCGAGUGCGGUUCGCGCGGCCGUCUACGCCACGUGCUGCGAUGUCGCGCACAGCGUUGAUGUCGCGCGGCUGCAGUGCACGCUUCGGCGCGUGCACGGGUCGCUGCCCCAGGGCCAGCUACUUGGCGCCCUCGACGCCUCGAGCUGCUGCCUGCAGCACACAAUGCUCGGACUCGUCGCGCUCGAGAAGCAGUCGACGCACUUGAGCGUCGACGACGUGGCCGUGGCCGUAAGAAGUACCGUGCGCUUGUACCCCGAGCUCGUCCAGGGCCAAGGCAGCAUUCCGCUUCUCCAUGACGACAAUGACAAUGACCAAGUGGAUCUUGUGGCUACGUGUCGCCUCAAGCCGCUGAAAACGUACAAGUUGUCGGACGUCUUGGGCGCGAUCUUGCGGCUCUGGGUCGCGCUCGCCAAGACAAACGCGCACUUUGACUACCGCGCCUUUCUCGCCUGCUGGCACGUCGAUGCAUGGGAGCCUGUGCUCGCAGCCUUUCACGAGCAGCUCACGCACCUCUUAAGUGGGUCGUCGCACGUCUACCUCGCGCUCAUCCUCGUCGAGUGGCUCAAGCUCGUGCACGCCCAGCUGUCGCCGUCGAGCCAUGUCGAUGUCGCCGACGCCAUGUACCUGCUGCUCUGCGAGAACGCAGUGGCCUCGCCCAACCUCCUCCGCGCGGUCUUGAGCAUGAGCUUUCCCAGCAAUGUGCCGCUCGAGCGCCUCAUCGCCGUGCUCCGGGAGGCGCAGGCACCGGACGCCGACGACCGCAUCUCGACGGCGCCAACGGCCAAGCACAAGCGGCUGCGGCCCGCUGUGACACACCCGCUCCUCGUCUCCGAGACAACGCGCGCAACCGCGUAUGUACUCGCCAUGAAGCACGUCGAGGGCGCCCUGCACAGUUGGUACGCGCAGCUGAGCUCCAACGGGUCGCCGUCCACGCCGUGGGCCAACGUGCACGCGAUGCUCCUGGAGGCGUUUGUGGCGCCGCGCCUCUCGUGGAAGGCGGCUGGUGGCGUCCUCGACAGCGUCCUUCGCAUUGGCAAGUGCGUCCUACCGGCGAUCCACGGCGGCUCGGCCAUCGUCGCCAUCAUCCGUGACCUUGUCCUGCUACAAUUGACGCUCGUCAAGGCGUGGCAGCUCUACGCCUCGGCGACGGUGGACAUGACAACCAAGAUGGACGUCUUCUUGCUCGAAGCCACCUCGACGCUCGGGUCGGCUCUCAAAAAGAAGCACGCGUUGGCGCCCGACGACCGGUCGAUCGUCGAGGACCUCACCCAGCGCAUCAUGCAACACGUGCAGUCCAUGUCCGAGAUGACCAAGAAGCAGACAACGCAGCUUCGGCAGCAAGCGCAGGAGCUGCGGACAGCGACCAAGCAGCGACGGAAGCAUCGACUGCGCAGUCGACACGAGUACAUUGACGAGUGUCUCCGCGAAGAAGGCGGCGACGACGCUUUUGCGGACCUCGAAGACUUUAUUGCCUAAGCGUACACGCGGUUGUUCAAGG